AUGGAUGUACCCUUUGGUGGAAUUAAUAUGAUUUUUGCAGGUGACUUUGCACAGCUUAUGCCAGUCCAAGGCCAGGCCCUUUACAAUGGAACUGUUGGCACAUCAGUGGAUGCCUCCAUGUCAGAACGUGGGCAGCAAUCUGCUAUAGCUAUAAUACGAAAUAAUGAUGCAACAGAAUUAUGUAUAACAAAAGGUCAAGAAGGUCAUAUCGUUGGAUGGGAUGCAAAGUUGGGCCCAAGUGGACAACAAAUCCUUGAAACUUUGUUUGUAAAGCUUGAUCGUCCUGCCAAGACAAUCAAGAUUGAGGGAUUGCCUGAGAAUGUAGUUCCACUAGUAAAGAACAGCAGGUCUAUUGAAUGUAUCUGUCCAAGUGAUGUUACUCUCACUAUAUCUUGUUCUCAAGUGUCUGUGCUGCCCAACUUUGCAAUGACGGACUAUGCAUCACAAGGAAAGACUCAUCCAUUUAAUGUGGUGGAUUUAAACAGCUGUUGUAACCACUUAUCUUACUAUACUGCUCUUUCUAGAAGUGCAACAUGUGAAGGAACUGUAAUUGUACAAGGAUUUGACCCAUCAAAAAUCACCUGUGGUGCAUCUGGUUAUCUUCGACAAGAGUUUAGAGAACUUGAGCUUCUUGAUGACAUUACCAACCUUAGAUACAAUGGCCAAUUACCUGAAUCAAUCAAUGGGCAACUGCGCAAUUCUGUUUUAUGUCAGUAUCAACAGCUCAAAGGGAAGGGGUAUUGUCCACAGCAUGUGAUGGGGCCAAUCAGAUGGAGUGAAAUCUAUCCAAUGCAAACUUUCCAAGUGAUUACUGAUAGUUCAUGGACACUCACCACAAAAUCAACCACUGAUAAGGCAACUGAAGAGGUCAACAUUCAAUCACAAAAGAAAAGUAAAAAUGUCACAGGAUGUUUUGUUCCUGCGCAGGGAUCAAAGGCAAUUGCAUCUACACUAAAAAGGAAGGCAGAGGAGGGUCUGAAUUCUGAUGAACCUAAAUCAAAGAAGAUUAGAGCCAGCUUUGGACCUACACCUGAAACUCCUGUUGGGAUUCUUUGGGAUUCAGUAAAUUACAGCUGCUCAUAUGAUUCUCUAUUUACAAUUUUGUGUGAGAUUUGGAUUUACAAUCCAAAAAGCUGGACAAAAACAUUUUAUUCAUUUGGUAACCAAGGAAAAAUAUUGUCAGAAGGAUACAAAAAAGUUAUCAGAGGUCUUGAAACUUUAGAAAAUGUUAGGAAUGAUGCUCCAAUGAGAAAAAUUCAUCUGUUUUUGUUAAUAUAUGAUAACAUUUGCAAAAAAAGAGGACUCAUAUCUGCUGUGCUUGCAACGGCCUCUUACACAAGUGUGAGGAAUGAUAAGGUGAUCACCAAUAUACCAGAGGUCGUCACACAGUUGAAGAGUUGGCAUGCAUCACAGAGUGCUUGCAGUAUUGUCUGCACAUUCGCCUUGUGUUCCUCCAAAAUAUUUGACCAAAUAACAAUGUCGUCAAGGUAUAUGUGGCAGAUUUUGCCAAUGUAUUGCCUCAGGGCCAAGAAUUUGCCAAGCUUCUUUAUCUUUCCAUGGCGAAGGUUCAUCUAUGUGUGGAAUUGGUUCGAAAAUUUCUUCAAAAUCUGA